ACCCAUUGCCCAACCCACCGCACACCCGCUAUGAAGUGCAAGGAGGAGAAAUGACUACUGGCGUAAGAAUGAAGCCCCCUUCUUGCUCCUUGUGUGUGUGUGUGUGUGUGUGUGUCCAACUCUCAGGGCUUUUGCACGGGUGGGUGUGGAAUCGGGAAUCCGGCGCCAUUUUUUUGGGGGUUCAAUUCCAGCCAUGACGAUCCCAUUGGACAAUUCAUUCAUCCCCUUCACUCGUUUCCCGGCACUUUACUAGUACUCGUGAGCAUACAGUUUGGAAGCGUUCCCUCUAUACCACUCCCGUGGACCCGCCGCGUAAGCAUUGGGGGAAUCGUCGCUUGUUAGGCGAAAGAGGGAGAAGGAGGAGGGAGGGGGAAAAAGUAUGAUAACAGUAGAGGAAAAUGGAAGGAGGAAGAGGAAGGAGAGGGAGAAGAGGGAGAAAAACUCUCUUCUAUCGCACUUUCAACUUUCCCGUUUCCCUUCUCUUCCCCUCCCCUCCUCCUCCAUUCUCAGCUCUCCCUGUAUUCCUUGCCUCCCCUUCCCUCCCCGUCUUUCGCUCUUCUCUCCCUUAACUCUUCCUGGUACAGCUAGAGGUGCUGAAGCUCAGCUUCAUUGGUAUGAUAAACGGAUACACGGGCUGUUCCCACGUCACAAUCACGGCUCGCUGGCCCUUUCUCUCGUUCCCUCCUCCCGCUUCUCUUUGCAAGUUUCGGGCCCGUAGGCUCCAGACUCUCAAGUGACCUCCAAGUCUUCUUUCCUCCCGUUUCUUGGCUUAUAUUGACCGGCACCCUCCCCCUCUCGUGAUACCAUUUCCCUCGAACAUACCACCGGACGUUGCCGAUAUAUUGCUUUGGCCCUUUGUAACCGCCUCUCCCAUUUUAACCCCAUCAAGCACCUCUGUGAGGCCCCUCUCUAGCAUUCCAUUAUCCUGUCGCUUCAUCUCAAUCUACAGCAGGUGGGGGAAUUGAGGUUGGAUGCGAAAUGAAGUUCACGGGGUUGCUAUCUGCUGCCUUGGCAUUUGGGGGGAGUGCUUUAGCUCUGCACCUGUACCCGCCAUCUGAGAAUGCGGGAAAGAUCCUCUCGUUUGGCUUCCAGAAAGUAAAGAGAAAUGCCGAUAACGUCCCCCGGCUACAGCGAAGAGACUCUUCAAGAACCCUUCUUCAACGUUUGGACAACUUGGUAUGCUACUCACUUCACCUGACAUGAUACCAACGCUACCUGUGCUAACAACGUUGCCACCCACUCGCACAAGGAUUACCUCUACUAUGCUAACGUCAGUAUUGGAACACCACCGCAAAAUCUGCGGUUACAGUAAGCUCGAACGACACAUACCGCUAGACCCGGAAUUGCUAACCCACUCGAUCCAGUCUUGACACGGGGUCCUCGGAUGUGUGGGUCGAAACCAUGAAAUCUGAGCUUUGCCAGCAACCUCAAAGGCCGUGCCGAAGUACAGGGACAUUUAAUGCGGACACGUCAUCCACCUACGAGAAGGUCAGCGACGAUUUCGAUAUUUCUUAUGUUGAUGGGGAAUUUGCGCGGGGUGAAUAUGGAAGGGAUGUGUUCACCCUUUCGGAUGGCGUAGAGGUGACGGGUUUGCAAUUCGGCGUAGGCCUUGAGUCGACGUCAACGGAUGGGAUUAUGGGCAUUGGUUUCAGCCUGAAUGAGGUCCAGGUUCAGCGAUUGGGGAAGGAUCCGUAUAGGAAUUUGGUGGAUCUUAUGGUUGAUCAGAAGGUCAUCAGGUCUCGAGCUUACAGUUUGUGGUUGGACGACCUCAGUAAGUCUAUCCUCCAAUUGCCGUCUGGUAGGCGAUUGCUAAGAGUCUGCAGAUGCUACCACUGGCGAGGUAUUAUUUGGGGGAGUGGACACGGCCAAGUUCUCAGGACCGCUUACUACGCUGCCCAUGGACAAACGUCUCGGGGAGAGAAGGGCUCGUGAAUUUGCUAUUACCCUAACCUCUGUCUCAGUUACCAACUCUAAUGGAGAUUCCUUGACCCUGACUGCGAGCGGUUACGCCAGUCCCGUGCUUCUGGAUACCGGGUCCACCUAUACUUACUUGGACCCUGAUCUUGCUAAAGAGCUUGGUGAUCAGGUUGGCGCUCAGCCAUUAGAGCAGUACGGUGUGGCUGUUGUCCCUUGCGGGGUCAGAGGUUAUCAUGGAAGCAUCACAUAUGGGUUUUCUGGGGCAACUAUCACGGUUCCCCUGAACGGGUUGGUUGUCGAUGCUUGGGACAGGUCGGGAAACCUUGCAAGAUAUAGUGACGGGACUCCUCUUUGCUACUGGGGCAUAUUGAGUUCUGGGGAUGUGGGAACAAACGUUCUGGUGAGAUUUACCUUCCCGAAGGUCGACUGGGGAACUUGGACUGAACCUUCACAGGGUGAUACUUUUCUCCGUUCUGCCUAUGUUGUUUACGAUCUCGAUAACGAAGAAAUAAGUCUUGCCAAUACCCUCUACAAUGUCACGGAUAGCAGAAUCCUUGAGAUUGGCACCGGGAGGUCUGCCGUUCCUGAUGCGACCGGGGCCGUUAGUGCGGUCAUGGUGCCCGCGAGCGGGACUAGCACCAAUCGCGGCAACGCGCGCCCCUAUAUAUCCGAGACCAUGACCAGGGCUUCUUCCUCUGACCCAACCGGCUCCACCAACACUGCGCCUUCUCUUAAUCCACCGCUUACCUCGGCGCUGCUAUUAUUCGUUACUUUGUUCAUAUCCCUUGUUUUAUAA